UUUAUAUCUUUCGUUUCGUACGGUUCGUUUAUGGUGUUUAUCUGGGGAACGGCUGCAUGUAAAAUUUCCUAUGCCAUUUUUAUUCGGAUAACAUUUGCAACCAGAGAACAUUUUCACUAAUUCGUUCAUUGUAAAUUUAUGUUGCUCGAAUGUUUGAACAAUUUAUGAAUGUUUGCGCGAAGUAAAUGAAAAUUGUUGAUAACAUUAAAGUUUUUGGUGAAAACGCCGUUUUAUGGAUAUAAAGUGAAAUUGCGUUAAACAUUUUGGAUAACAUAACUCCACGUUUCAUCAUAUGGUAGCCAUAUAAUAUACUACAUACAUCAAGCAUUGACAAUUCGGAUUAUGAUUAUGAUUUUUUUCGUGGUAGGCGUUUCGUACUAGUAGUGAGAGGUUGGUGUUGCAUAAAGACGUAAAUAGAGUUCGUUUGUUGACUCGUUGGCUAUGUUAAUUUCAUCAAUACACAAGCAGAACACUUUAAGAUAGAAACAAACGAAGAUGACAUCAAAAUAUGAUCGAAUUAAAUCGGAAUGUAAGAAAAAAAAUAUAUUGUGGGAAGAUCCCGACUUUCAGGCGGUACAAACAUCGGUUUUCUACUACCAAACACCGCCUUUCACAUUCCAAUGGAAGAGGUUAGCGGACAUUUCCGGUACACCGAUGUUUAUGAGUGAUGGAGAAAAUUUCGAUAUUAUACCGGGGAAAAUGGGUGAUCGUUGGCUGGUUUCCUGUUUGGGCGUUUUGUAUUCACUGAAAAACCUGUUCUAUAGAGUCGUACCUGCCGAUCAAAAUUUUGAAAAUUCAUACGGAGUUUUUCGAUUCCGUCUGUGGUGGUGUGGUGAAUGGGUCGAAGUUCUGGUCGACGACAGAUUACCAACGAUAAAUGGAAAACUGGCGUUUUUGCAACCGCAUAAAUCGAAUUGUUACUGGGCAGCGCUGUUGGAGAAAGCUAUUGCAAAACUGCAUGGAUCAUACGAAGCAUUAAAAUAUGGAACACGAUCGGAUGGAUUAAGUGAUCUAACUGGAGGAAUUGUUGAAACGAUUCCAGUGAAAUCAGGCAGCGAUUCAAUAAGACCAGCAAUCCUACGAUCCAUCCUAGACACAACAUGCAUAAUUACUUGUAUAGCAAUCAAAGGAAAUAGUUCGCAGUUCAAAUCACAGCCAGAGAAAUUGUCAAACGGUAUCGGCAUUGGCGUGAGUUAUCGACUAUGUUCACUGGACAAAGUCGAAAACAUGAUGGGUGAUUCCGUGCAACUGGUACGACUCAAAGAUCCGUUGGCUUCGGAAACAUUUGGAACAAAGACUGGAUUUAAUGGCGAAUGGUCAGCAAUGUCGAAUGCGUGGGAUAAGGUUUCGAUACAAGAACGAGACAGACUACUAGGACAACUGGAUGUCGGGGAGUUUUGGAUGUCUUUUAUGUCACUGACGGAGACGUUUACCAAUUUGGAGUGCAUUCAUUUGGACACCGACACAGCCAAGGAUGAAUUAUCGCUAUCCGAUCGACCUAGACGAUGGUCAAUGAAAAUGUUUCAGGGGUACUGGAGGAAAGGUGUUUCGGCUGGAGGCUGUCGAAAUCAUGAUUCGUUUCACAUCAAUCCUCAGCUGCAGCUUUUUGUUACGGACAAGGAAGAUGUCAUAAUUGCUUUGAACCAGCACACUGCUGUCGAGCCAAAGGUUAUUGGAUUUACGAUGUACAAGCUUACAAACGUCAAAAAUAAGGUGUCAGAGUCAUUAUCGAAAGAAUUUUUCAAGAGUCAAGUUAGUUUUAUUAACUCUGAUUAUGGGAAUUCAAGGCAUGUGAGCUACCGGUGUAAUCUAGAUGUAGGAAAAUAUUUACUUAUGGCAACGACUUAUGAACCAGGCGAAGAAUCCGGCUACACAGUUCGUAUACUAGGCAAUUCAUUGAAGUUAGCCCAAUUAGAAACGCAAACAAUGAUGCUCCUCGACCCAUUCCCUCCAAUAAGCAGUUUAAAGAAUGAAUCUGAUGCGGUCAAAGAGAAACGAUGUCAAUACGAACCAGUUUUUAUGCAACUAGCUGAUGAGAACAAAACCAUCAACUCCUUCGAAUUGCAAGAGCUUCUAGAGGCUUGCCUCCCGAACGAUUACAUCAAAAGUUGUGCUAGUCUUGAUAUUUGUCGACAAAUUGUUUCGCUUGUUGAUAAAACCGGAAUGGGACGAAUAAAUUUCCUGCAAUUUAAAACAUUCAUCGUCAACCUGAAAACGUGGCAGGGUGUGUUCAAAAUCUAUACAAAGGAGAAAAGUGGAAUCUUGAGAGCGGAAAGACUUCGUGAUGCUUUGUACGAUGUUGGAUUUCAGUUAAGCAGUGAUAUUAUGUCCAUAUUAAUGCUGAGAUACAUGAGAAAGGAUGGCACUUUGCGCAUGGGCGAUUUUUGCUCAGCAAUUUUACAUUUAACAACAGCUUUCGAAAUUUUUCAACGGAAGGAUCACGAUCAAGACAAUUUAAUAAAAAUUGAAAUGGUGGAUUGGAUAAAAUCGGUGCUCAGAUGUUAAUCGAUUAUUAACCCUCUGGAAACUGCUCUGGAAAUCGGUCACAGUUUUAUUUAUUAAAAUAUUUUUAAUGGAAACCAUGUUAAUAUAUUUGUAAAUUUUUUGUUUUUAUCACUAAGCUCGCUCAUAUAAUUGUAUAAAAUACAUUAAAUUUAAUAAAAACGAAAAAAAGCUUUACUCUAAUUUUGAGA